AUGAAUGUUUUGAAGCGAUUGUGGAUUCAUUACAUUAAUUAUCCCAUAAAUGAGCCGAAAGAAAAGAGGCGACAAUUGCAUGAAUUCUUGAGAUACUGUUUGGUGAAGAAUGAAGACCAGGAUCUGUUGGCGGACUGCGAGCCCCGGGAGCUGUCGAUAGUGGUGAGCAUCGGUAACAUAUUGAUCAACCAUCUGAACACUGAUGUCCACAAUGUGUGCUCACAAUUGAGACCAUCCGAUGACACCUCCAGUGCUGUCUUCGACUACUUGUGCGGAGACAUCGGUUCGCAACUGAUUCGUGUGAUCCGUAUAUUGAACCGAAAGGACGCUCUCCUCUAUAACUGUGAAUUGUCUCACCUUUUGGUCCAUUCGUUGACUAUUUUGUUGAACGAUAAACGAGUGGACGAUUUGGUUGGAAGUGAUGCCAAAGUCAAUAGAGUUGACACCCGUUGCCAAUCAGUGCAUUCAAUCAACGACUGCUUCCAGACUUUGAGUUGCAUUCAGUUUAAGCCUAACUUAGAGGAAAGCCUUUCGCCCAUAAAAGUCAAGUCAUUAGUUAAGCCGAAGAGGUCUACAGAUCGGUUCCAAUCGCCGAUCAAUUACGACAUGUCUGACAGCGACGACUCGGAGGUUAAGUUAACAAACAUUCAUCUGAAUAAGACUUCACUCCUCCACAUGUCAGACAUGACUACUUUCGACAAAACGUCGGUGUCUUAUGAUUCAAACGACGACUUCACUGAUAGACAUGACGUUCAGAAAGAAGUGUUUUGUGUCAAAGAAGAGGAUGAGAUAAUGAAAACCAAUUCAAUUGAGUUGUUCUCGUGUUGUGUGGAUAUUCUGACUGAGUUUGCAAUGUAUGAACAGUUCCUCAAAGAGGAUCAACUCUUCAAUUUGAUUCCUCGUGUUUCCUAUUAUAUCAGCGAAGAGUUGAGUGCAUCGAUCGUUGAUAUGUUUAAAUUGAUUGAUGACAACAAUUGUCAGACAUUAUUACCGGUGAUGAGUCGAGUGAAGAACCUGUUAUUCAUCUCUUACUCGACGUUAAGCCGAAGUACUACUGGUCUAAAGUUGUUUGAAAACAUAGGUCUUUGCGAGCGUUUGGUGGAAGUGAUGGAAUAUCUAUCGACUUUACGUCAAAGUGAGGCCAAUCGCCAGAUUUGUGAUAUAUUUUGUGGUUUAUUACUAUUAUUCACAAGUAUUUGUCAGUACCUUAAUUACACUAAGCAUUACGUUAUUGUCUUAAAGUUGAUUAGAUUAUACACGAGUUCGGGUGCAAACCGUUUGCUCUCAUUUAUAGUCAAAUCGCAAACUAGUCUUAUGUCAGAUAUUGAACCCAUUGUCAAUGCACUCAAGCAACUGAUUAUUUCUCUACAAAGAGCUAAACUACUCUACAUUCACAGCAACUCUUGCGCCCGAAAGCGGCACUCGAAGUGUGAUUUAAGUCCAUUCCUCAGUCAUCACAACAACGUCUUCGGCACUCAAGUAUCGCACAGCACUUCCAAUAAGUAUCCAUUUUGUUGCAUAUCUUCCGUCUAUAAUCUGAUGCUUUCCAUUAUAAACGACAAUCACUUGGAGUCCAUUCAACUGUUUGUCGCCCAAACUCUCUCGUCCGUUAUCACCUGUUGUUGUGAUUUCAAUCAUGUUUUGCAAACUUUAUUGAAACUCUGUGUCAAUACAGAGUCGCCAGUCGUGAGGAAAGAGAUCUUCAAGAUCAUUGAGUAUAACAUUAAGUCUCAGAGCAAACAUAGUCACCAAAAUUGCUGCCAAUUCUGUGAAAACAGAUUUAAUAAUUUGCAGAUUCAGUCCAAAUCUGUUCCCGGAUUCGCUGAUUCCUCGUACAGCGAGGGCUACAGCACUGACAAUACCAUCGGUGACACGAAUCAAACCGAAGAACUUUUCUCCACUCAAUACAAGUUAUUAUUGAAUAGUAAAGACAUAGCAAUAAGACAGUCGGUGUCCAAACAUCUCUGGAAACUAAUCCAUUUCUGCAGCGAUGACACAAAACGUAUACUUUUUAAAUACGUAAUAAUGCCGUCAUUUUUCAGCAAAGACACGCCUCAAGACGUGAUGGAACUGUUGCUGCAAUUGUUGGGCUCAUCAGUGAACGACACGAAUGUGGCGAAAAUGCUCAUCAGUUUCGGGGGUCUCUCCAAUUUGAGGCAACUUUUAAGAAACACUGAUAACUGUUUGUUGGCUCUGAGUGUACUCCAAGUACUCGUUAUCAACGAAACAGAAAAUUACUUAAAUAUCAAUCAAAGCGAUAAUGGUAUGAAUGGUAUGGACGAGAACUAUAGCUCGUUAUCAAUAUUUGCGGAUAUUAUUUGCGAAGACACAGAUAAAUGUGUUUUACAAAUAAAGCACUUGUUUGCCGACAAUACUAUUAAUAGUCUCGACUCCAGUCUUGAGUCAAUCAAUUUGGUUAAUGAGGACAACAUUGACACUAUUAAUAUUGAUUAUGAAUCGAGUGCACGACACCAGCUUAUCCAGCAAUUGCAAUACGUGUCCAAUUUGUGGUCAAUUAACUUGAAAUUAGUCAAUAUUUCGCCAAAUUAUUCACAAUUCAUCAAAAGCUCAUCCAAUUGUCUCAUUGACUCUAUUUAUAGCUUUUUCCGCAUAUCAUUGGAUUUACUCAUCAAACAAAUCGUUAAAAUCUCAGAUUCUUUCCAAAAGUCUGACUCAACAGCAAUAGAAGAACUCAACCAAUGGAUCCAAACACUGAUAAAUAUCAUUGAAUUAUUAUUACCCGUUUGUCUACAACUCUGUCCCUUCAAAGUCUCUUCAAAUGAAUCAUUGAUCGAUAGAAAGGAAAUUAUGUCUUUAAUUAAGCACCAAAUCAAUGAACUCGAAGACUAUCGAUAUGAUAGUGAGAAAAACCCUUUGAUGCAAACUUUGAACACUUUAAUCAAUUGUUCGCUAAACAUAUCUCACGUCUCGUCCAAUAUAUUCCCGACGUUUACUAAAAUCCAUAAAAAGUGUGUUUCAAAGGACUCUCUCAAUAAUUGCGGUAAAGACUCGACCGAUGAGGACGAGGACUACUGUGACAGUGGUUACGAUGCAGACAUAGAAAGCAUGGAAACUUCCCAUACUUUACUCAAUAUGAUUACUCGACAGAGCAGUCAAUCAAAGUCACCGAAAAGUUUACCAUUUUUCAAAAACGCCGAAUUGUGUCGAAUUGUGAUCGAAUUCUUGAGUUCCCAUAAAGACUCGUUUAGUAGUGAAACAAAUCUGCAAAACGUCUCAACAAUUGUACUAAAACUUGUAAAAUAUUGCAGAGAAAAUCCACAAAAUCUUCAGAUAUUAUAUGAAAAUGGUUUCAAUUCAUUGCUAUUAAACGGUUUCAACGGUCUAUUCAUAAGCGGUGGUAAGGAGUCGCGAGCUCUUCAGUCGGCGAUUUUGGACUUAUUUGUGGAGAUUUCUCACUACAAAAUCAGUUCACAUGAAUUAAAGCUAUUCUUCAACUUAUUUAAAGACUCGAGAACUCAGUUAGACUUAUGUCUCAACGCUUUGCAUCAAAUCCUUUCCAUCAGAAGUUCUGAACGCAUAUCAAAGCCAUUGUAUUCAAUGAGUUUUCCCGUCGAACCGAUUUUGGUCUCAUCUCUACAUCCAGAGAAUCCUAUCAUAUCUUCAUUUGUGGGCCAAAUGCGACACUCAAUCAUAUAUGACUCGAAGACCAAAUCCAAUCAAAUCAGUUGGAGUACGGCUGCCAUCGCUAUGCCAUUACCGAAACCCGAAGAACUGUUCACCACUUCAUGCAAAACAUUUUCAUUAGCUUUUUGGUUGUUUUUGGAUAAGAAUAUUGUGUUUUCUAAACCAAACCAAAAUCUUGAAGACAAUAAUUUCAAUAAUCUAAACGAAAUGAACAUAAGUGUCAAUAGGAACCACGAAUUCCGGGUUCAUUUAACUUCUAUAGCAUUCGAGUCGUCGACUAUUGAAAUCUGGUUUGACUUUCAUUUCACGCAAUUUGUGUACAGAAUAUGUAAACUAAUAAAUGGCAAGAAUGUGGUCUACGCCGAAGAAGUGCAGACAAAUAUCGGCGACCUUUUGGGUAAAUGGCAUCUCUUGCGCUUCAACUUCAAAGAAGUUUAUCUCAAGAGAUCCUCGUCAUCGCUGUCUAUAUCUCAAAGUAUUGACGGGAUUAGUGAGCAGUCGAUUAAACUGAACUAUUCUAAUGUGAUCCCAAAGAGGUGCCAAUCGGUGACAAUAUUGUUGGGAAGCGUACACAACAGUCCGAUUGAGUGGAAAUGUGGAAAUCUGAUGCUUUUCCGGAGCUCUCUAUCGCUGGAGUCGACGCUCUACUUAUACUGUUUAGGAUCUGAUUUCUCAAACUUUUCUCAUUGCAAACUCAACAACAAAACCCUGUCAUUGAUAAUACCGAAGAGUUUGUCGAACUCUAACUUCAUAGACGUUUUGCCGGCAUUUCGCGAAUUGUCUCAAUCGGACAAAAGUCACACAUUAGAGGACAAUAUAAUGGUUGUCUACAAACCGAUCAAAAGCGACCGAUUCCUGGUGUAUCCCAAACCGUCGGUCGCCAACAACUCAUAUUUCCCGAAAAUACCGUUUGCCAUGACUUCGAAGCGUAUUUCAUCCAACAUCACUCUCUCCAACGCCUCCGAUAUCACUGAACAUAAAGUGCUUGAAUUUGGCCGAACGGACGGACAGUUUCAUUAUGGCGUCCAUAAGGCUGUGUCAGACGCCGGAGGGAUCGAAGUAUUUAUGUUUCUUUUCGCUCAUAUUAUCGAUACAACAAGUGAUGAAAAAUUGCAAUCAAAAGGACUCGAAAUUAUGCUCAAAGUAUAUGAUUCUCACGUUCAGCACAGGGAUGUGUUCAUCAAUCAAUACGACGGACUGUCCCUCAUUGGACUUGUCUUAGAGAACUCGAAAGCAAUUAUCUCUCAAUCAAUGCUAAGAAAUUUUGUCCAGUUUUCUAUCAGUAACUGCGAAAACGAUGCUAUAAUCACAUCGAGUGAAAGCAUUGCAACCCUAAUCAGCUCGUGGAAGGCUUGGCACCGGAAUCCCAUCACCACUAAAGCUCUCUAUCAAACAUUAUUGUCUCUCAUCUCUUAUACAAAUCCAUACAAAAGUUUUAAUAUCUUUCAAAUGAAAAGAGCAAAUGUUUUACAAUUAAUUCUAUUCAUGACACAAGAAAUGUAUAUUCAAUUGAAUGAUCAAAAGGAACUCCACUUAACAAAAGACUCAUUAGUAUUAGUGCUUAAAAUUCUGAAGAUUCUGAUGGGAAGACCUCCUGAUAUCUCGCUAUUAAGCGAUGUGUUUGACUGUCUUCUACUACUACAUAGGGCUGAAUCUGCUUUCAUAAGUCAAUCGAGAAAUUCAUUUUACUAUUUAUUUCCGUCCGUUUGGAACAUUGAUAUGGAGUCGGGAUCCCAGAGAUCCAGUCAAUUAGAUUUGGAAGCCAUUGAUGUCGACGAAUGGGAGAUCAUAUCGGAAGAAGAGAUAUCAUUAACAGACGAAGUGGUCGACGACUGUCGCGACCAAAUCACUGCCGGUUUGAUAUCAUUGAUUGGAGAGAUGAUCGACUCAAUGGGUGAGGAUAUGUUGGUCAAAGUGGUCGGUCCUAUCAUUAAAUUAGAAUAUCUGACGGUUUUGGCGAACAACAAGUCAUUCCGUGUGCGGGAGUCCGUUAUGUCUACUCUUUACACGUGUGUUAAGAGAUGUAAAUCAACCGAAGCUAUGAAUCAGUUCAUCAAAAGUAAAGGAUUACACCUAUUGGCCAAUCAAUUGCACAGAUUUCCCACAUCUUCUAAAUUGAUGAACAUAUGUCUGGCCAUCAUAUUAGAUGUGAACGAUUUGUCUGACUUCUCAAUAGAGGAAUCGUUUGAGAUUAAUAGAGGGCCUAAUGAAUGGCAAUCAGAGCUGUUCGUACCAUUCUUUGCAGUACUUCCCAAAUGUGUUUAUGACAUCUCUUUGAGUCACAACGCAUUGCAAGCUUUCUAUCGACUCAUGUCUUCAUUUAGCACAUCGUUUCUCAAAGAGCUCUACGAAAACGGUUUACUCGAGUGUCUGUCAAAAGUCAUUAUAAGUCAUAAUAGUUAUAAACAGAGGUCUGAAUCACAAACCAUCGAAAUAAACGACGGAUACGAAGAAGACUUGGUAUACGAAGACGUGAACUAUAUUUUGCGUGAUUUCUCUGCGAUGUUCUUCUCCGCUCCGGGAGUUAAUAAUCACACCAUUUAUUGCAAUGCUUUGCAGUUCUUCGCACUUCUAGAGAGAAAGACUCAGUCGACCAACAAAUCUGCGUUUAGGGACAACCAAAUAGCACUGUUUGAGUCGGCAUUUGAUUGCAUCCAAAAUAUCGCUGACGAGACUAAAAGCAUUCCUCAUAAGAACUCCAGAGCCGCAAAUACAGCCGAACUCUUUCUCAAUAUGUUUUCACUGCCGGAUGAGAACUAUGACAGCGGAUCCGUUUCACCGAAUAACGAGACAUUCGACUCGUCUUCGUUCACCAGUUUUGACAAUUCGGACAGAAUUCGCAACAAUUCUAAUAAAACACAUCUUCAUAGCAAAGAAGUGAUCGAACGCUUUAAAGACUUGAUCCCCAAAUCCGUGGACUUUAUUCUAUUCAAAAGCGAAGAUUGUGUGCCCAAUGAUAAGGAGAAAUACUUUUCGCUCAGUAUUUUGCAUAUAUUGUGUCAGAUUCUAGAAGUGAUUCAUACGGAGGGCUCGCGAAACAAGAAGAAGACUCUUUGGAUUAACAUCUUAUGGAACUGCAGGGAAACCAUUAGAAGUCAAAUAUCAAGACUUGUCUUAUAUCUGAUAUCUCCGCUGCAAACCAUAGAAACCAGACUUUUCAGUAUUUCAUCGAUUACUUCCUUAAAUUGUUUUCCAAAUUUAGUCAAAUCUAACGAAGAGUUUGGAUAUAACUUCAAAGCAUUUGUGUUUGAUUUGAUUGAUGUGCUCAGCGAUAAUGAAAAGCUAAAAGAUUUGUAUUUAUUGCUUAAAGUGAUUGACUCUCAGAUAUCAAACAUUGGCGACAAGAACUACAAAGAAAUGCUUAGCCAUUGGUUCGACAAUUUGUCUCAAUUCAAGAAGAUCUACGAAAAGUCAAUUGAGUCGACGAGAGAGCGGACAUUCAACCGGAUGAAGCAAUUGAGUCGCAAAGUGAUGGAAACCGCCAUUUCUGUCACCCGAUCGGUAGUGGAGGCGCAGAACAAAGAGAGAAAGCAAUAUAUUUAUCACUUGAAAAGGGAUCGAACAAAGAAUUUUAUGCUUAAGAAGUCGUGGAAAUGGAUUGUGGAUCAGUUAACGCACGAGAAGGCCGUCUGGUAUUUCGAGGACUGUUAUCCCAACUCGUGGUCUUUGGAUCCGAUCGAAGGCCCGAAUCGUAUUCGACGUAAAAUGAAGAGAUGUUCUCUUGAGAUAUCCGACCGAUUCUUUUCGGAUCCCAAAAGUCACCGAAAGUCAAAGCAAUUGCUUUCAUAUAUUUUUAGUUCCGAUUCGACCGACUCUUCAGUACUAAUCGAUAGACUUCACGCCAACGAACGCAUUAUCUAUACCUCAAACGCAUCGGUCAUAACACCGGACGAAGAAUUUCCCGGAGAAAUACUGAUCAGUAACUCAUGUAUUCAUUUCAUAAGCGAAACCAAAGAAACGGACGGUUGUAUCGGAGAGGACAGCCAAACAAAAGUGUUGCCCUUCGAAGAGAUCCAGGAAUUGCUUAAAAGGAGAUAUCAGUUGCAGAACAACGCGUUAGAGAUAUUCCUGACCAAUGGGUUGACGUAUUUGAUUGCUUUCGAGGCAUACGAAAAGCGCGAAGAGUUCUUGAAUCAGGUCUUAAGCAAGAAUUUGCCGAAUGUUUUUGAACCCAAAUGUUUGGUCGCAUUGACACAAAUGUGGAGAGAGAGACAGAUCUCGAACUUCGAGUAUUUGAUUCAUUUGAACAAAAUUAGCGGAAGAACUUUCAACGAUUUGAUGCAAUACCCCAUCUUUCCGGUCAUUUUAGCCGACUAUGAGAGCCAUGUGUUGGACUUAAAGGAGUCCAAGUCGUAUAGAAAUCUCUCCAAACCUAUAGCCAUACAACUGAAAAGUCGCGAAAAGUAUUAUAUCGAUCAAUACAAUUACCUGAAGAAUGAAUACGACAGAAACCAAGACAAUGGCGAGUCGAUGAUGGCGGCCACCACUGCUCCCUUCCAUUACGGCGCCCAUUACAGCAAUAGCGGAACUGUUCUCCACUUCUUGGUUCGUUUGCCGCCAUUCACUCAAAUGUUUCUCAACUAUCAGGACAACAACUUCGACAUACCUGACCGCACGUUCCACUCGAUGGCCACGUCGUGGAAGUUGGCCACAAGCGAGUCGACCACUGACUUCAAAGAGUUUAUACCGGAGUUCUUCUUUUUGCCAGAAUUUCUGGUCAAUAACGAGAACUUCAAUUUCGGUGUCCGUCAGAGUGGACAACCCGUACAUAACGUCCAGUUACCCGUUUGGAGCCGAUAUAACGCUCGACUCUUUGUGCUAAUCAAUCGACAGGCGCUUGAAUCCAAUCACGUCUCGCAGAAUCUGAACAAAUGGAUUGAUUUAGUGUUUGGAUACAAACAAACGGGUAAAGCGGCCGUCGAUGCCAUUAAUGUCUUCCAUCCGUCCACUUAUUACGGAACAGAUGUCUCCAAAAUAGAAGACCCGGUAAAGCGAAUGGCGAUACAGACGAUGAUUAAAACGUUCGGUCAAAUGCCUAAACAACUGUUCCCGAAGUUUCCGCACCAGGAGUUAGCACAAGACGUUCAGUUGCCUCUUGAGAAGGAUGUGACGCAAGUGAUGGGCGAAGUGGUUGGUCUCAAAUGGGGUUCUUAUGUGGGCUCACCCGCAGAACCCGAGCCCACAGUUGUGUUGAAGAAUAAUUACUCCACAAAAAUAAGUCAUUUGAUUGCUCUGUCGACUAACGAUGUGUUCGCAAUGCCUCCCAAUUCUAGUCUAUUUGUAACGUAUAGCCGCCAAAAAGGAGGUGCGCUUAUGAAUACCUCUUAUAUCACUUCAGUGGCUCUGUGUUUGUGGUCUAACCCCGACUCUACCAUUAAAUUCAUGUUAGACUCGUCAUCAACGGUACCAUUCAUUGCAGCUAACGUUCUCUUGGAUGAGAUAACAUUUUGUAAAUCAGUUCCUAAUUACGAUAUUCUGCUAAUCGGCUAUUCUUCUGGAACUAUCAUCGCAUACGCCAUCGCACAACCUAUUAAGUCAAACCAAAAGAUUGAACUGAAAAGACCUCAAACAACACUUUACGGCCACUCGAAUGCAAUCACUUGUAUAGCAAUCAGCAAAUCAUUCAGUAUUGCAGUGACGGGCGACUCGACCGGCAUUUGUAUGGUUUGGGAUUUGAGUCGCUUUUGUUACGUACGAACACUUUCUGACCAUAAGUUUGUCAUUGAUUUACUGGCCAUAAGCGAGACUUUGGGCGAUAUUAUAUCAGUGAGUCAUCAGAACCAUGGAAUGGAGUCUCUUUUAUGUGUCCACACUAUUAAUGGAGAACUCGUGGGACAAGUGGUAACCGAUACACGUAUUACAGCCGUCUGUUAUUCGACAGCACCGGAAGGUUUGUCAGUCAACGUAAUCGCUACGGCUUUUACCGAUGGGACCAUCAAAUUAUGGAGUUCUUGGGAUUUGGCGCCCGUUAGACAACUCCAGACUGACAUCAAUAUACCUAUAAAUUGGUUCGUAUUUUACUAUUGAUUACAAAAUAAUUUCAAAAAUAAUCGAUUGAUUAAUGUUUGUUAAACAGUAUAACGUAUUCCAAUGAUAACCAACUGUUAUAUGUGGGCUAUUGUGACAAUACAGUCGUCGUGUGGGAAAAUAGUGGCAAUAAAAAGGGUUCCCGUAAUCCAAGUCUUACAAUAUUGUGAACAAUUGUUUUUUAAUCAAAUUAUUUUUAUUGUAGAAAAAAUGUUUUAUUUUAUAUACUAUUUAUUAAUUAUGAAUAUAUUCCAGAUUAACACUUCCAG